GUGCGUUGUAGUUGUAGUUGCAAGCGAAAUGCCGUUCGACAACCACCGUCAGCCGGCACCGUUAUGCGGCGCUUUCUCUCACCAUUUCUCUCAUUUCGUUCUCUCACCAUCUUACGCUCUUGCUCUCGCUCUCGUUUGAGAUGAAAACUCAUUGCGCUGUGGGUUCCAUUGCGAGUUGAAACUCGGUCUUCUUCAUUCUAGAAUUAAGUGCCGCCGCAGCAGGAGUCGCAGAGCCAGUCGGCUAAGUAAAUGUAAAUCGAGCACAAGUCCGUGCGUUCACCGAGCAGCCGGAACGGAAGAAUACACGGACGGAGUCCGAAACCGGAACACGAACCAUAACCGUUGAUUUUUUUUCCUGUGUGCUAAAAGCUGUUCAGUGCCAAAUAAUAUAUGUUUAUUUUUUUCUAAAUUAAAAGUGCGUUUAUGGUUUAUUACGUUUGUGAAACCAAUGCCUAAUUUUGCCAUUUGCAGAGGAGGGAAGAUGGAAAUCCCUAUUCCCUUUUCUAAUCCUUUUUUACCCACCCCUUAAUUCCCAGCUUCCCACUUCCUACUACGCACUUUCACACACUCACGCACUCUAAUUGCGUAAAAAGCCAAAUGCGCAGCAAGCUGCACUGCCACGCCCCUUCCAAAAACGCCCACAGCUCUGCAAAAACAGAGAGAGCGAGUGUGAGUGGAAGGAGCAGACAGAGAGAGCGGGAUGCUGUGCGUAUGCGUGUUUUUGACACUUCCUUGUGCAUUUUAGGGAUACACACAAUGUGCGUGUGCAGUGAAAUCAAGUGAAAAGGCAAAAAUCGCCAACUAACUAACUUAAAAUAUUGAAAAACUUAAAGAAUUGAGCGAAAAAGCGCCAAGAAAAAAAGAUUGGCACGCAGUUGAACGGAAGCCAACGCUAGAGGGCGCCACUGUUGGCGUGUGUGUGUGAAGGAAUUUCCUGAAAGGACAAUAGGAGGAGAGGAGUAGGGGAGGAGAGAUAGAGAGAGAGCGAGCGCAAACAAAAGGGGAAGCCCCGUGUGCGAGCGAGAUGGACAGCUCGCCGGAUCUGUCGCUCAAAUUGCGACGCGGUUCCAGCGAUUCGCGGGAUAACUUCUACAUGGAUUUUGCCCAGGGCAUCGACUCCGAUAUCGAGGAAGUGGACAACACGGCCAACAAUCAGGAGGCCGGCGAGGUUACACCGCCGCCGCUGCCCACAGUUUCGCUGGCCGAGGAGGUGCUGCUCCUGGUGGCGCCACCGCCCUCUUUACUGGGUCAGCCGCUACCCACCCUAACGGAAACGGAUGAUAUUCCGCCCACUCCCACACCGCCACCACAGCAAAAGGACGAUGAGGGUGACGAUGAGGACGAGCGGGAGGAACCCGAUCCAGAACAGGAUCAAGGAGCCCCAGCAGCUCCUUCUCCACCGGGCUCACCUAUUAAUUCAGUCCUGGAACUGGAGCUGAUACCACCACCUCCAUUAUCGCCCAUGGAUGAUGCAGGCCUUCGCACCGAUGACGAUGGUGAAGGCGAGGAAACCGAUGAUGCAGAGGAGGUGGUGGCCAUUCCGCCUCCACACGAAAUGCUGGACAUGGAAAGCAAUCCCGAGGAGGAGGAGGAGGAGGAGAAGGAGGAACAGGCUUCCCAGGAAGACACUCCCAAGGAAGAAGACGAAGAGGAGGACGACGACAAGUCCACGCCACCACCCCCACUGCCCCCGCUUCCCUCAAAUUUCUCCUAUGUGCAGGGCCACAAUCUCGGCCAAGUGACCCCGCCCCUGACCAAGUCGCCAUCCAACUCCCCCUCCCCGCCCGUGACACCACCACCCUGCCCGGAACUCAACAUCAGCCGGAUGGUAUCGCCGCCUGCCCAGCACAUCAGCCAGAUACCACCACUCACGCCCUCCGACGAGAGCGAGGGCGAGGCGGAGUCCCAGCCGAACUCGCCGCCACCCAGACUGGAUGCGGAGCAGCCACCACCCGAUAUGUAUCAACCGGAGCCCGAGGAUCAGCCACCAGAGCCGGAAAACGAACCUGAACCCGAGCCUGAGCCCGAGCCCGAACCCGAACCCGUGAGCGGAGCUCGGGAGGACUACAGCCGUUCGCUAGAUAACGAGGAUGAGUCCACCACUAUAACCACACCACCAAGCAACGGUUACUCUGCCUCCUCUAUCAUAGCUCCGCCGCCGGAGCACUUUGCGGAACUAGAUGAGGACAGGGGCUUUAUACCACCACCACCUUUGGAGCAGGAGCCCGAGGAAGAGGAGGAAGAGCUGACCAAGGAGACGGACGAGAUAUCCGUGGACAGAGAAUCGCUGCAGGAGCAGGGCGGCGACAGUAUCAGUUCACCUCGGCCUGCCAGCAUAUUGACUGGAUCAAUUUCCACAUCCGUUGGGGGAGCAGGAGGAUCACCGAAGCCCGAGAGUCGCGGCCCAAGUCGCAGUGGCAGCCAGCGAUCGCAGCUGAGAUCGGGAUCCCAGCAGGGAUCCAUUGCCGGAUCCCGCGGUGGCUCUCGCAUUGGAUCUCGCACAGGAUCCGUGGCCUCCGCCCAGGCGGCUGGUGUUCUCUCACCCCAGGCCUCGCUCAAGUCGCAGACAUCGAUUCGCUCGCAAGGACAGGCAGGCGUGCGAAGUCCUGCCGGGUCCAUCAAGUCGGGAUCGCAGCGCAUGCAGAGUCCACAGGCCGGAGAGGGAGCUCCGGCGAUGCCCUCGCCGCCGCUGAUGAGGAGUCCGCCGCCGGAGCUGGCCCACCAGAUGCACAGUCCGCCAAGGAUCACGACGCCGCCGAGGGUCUGCAGUCCGCCGCUGGUCAGCAGCCCACCCAAGCUGGCCGAAUCCGCUGCUGCUGCCGUGGGAGUCGCUGCCUCCGUCAAGGAGCAGAUCGGCUCUAGCAGCUCCACCGCCGAACCGUUGGAGCCAUCGAAGCCAGAGCCACUGAAGCCACCAAUUGCCACCGUGAGCUACCAGGAUGAACAGAAGCCAGCACCACCACCAGCUGCUGCUGCUCCAGCGGUAACAACGGCUGCAACUACGGCGGUCAGCAGCCAGCCGAGGUCGCACUUCACAAGCAGCCACCAUCACUACCACUUGCCGCACCAGUUCCAGCAUCCGCACCACCAGAACCACCACACCCACAGUGUCCGGGUGCCCACGCCCACGGUGCCCAGCAGCUAUGCCCCCCCACCGCCGCCCGACAGCGGAAGCAGCAGUUCGCCCGUCGAUCGCCGGCGUCUGUUCAUGGCAGGAGUGGCUCCUCCGAUCGCCGCCGGCGCUGGCUCCCUGAUGGCCAUGCCAGCCGAACCAGCGGUGGCCAUAUCGCCGGGAAGGGUCUCAGCACGGUCAGGUUCGCAGCACCACGUGACCAUCGAUGAGUCGAGUUUGCCCAGCCACAAGGGCAACAUACAGGAGACUCCGGGUCCCAGUGGCCUGAUCAUUGGCGGAGGAGAUGGCGACGGCGAUCGGGAUAUUGGAGGUGGCGGUGGGCCGGACAGCUCGGAUCCGCCCUCCUCGCCCGGCGGCAGCAGCUCACAGCUGGCGCUCAGCGGCAGUCAGGCGGACGGACAGCUGGCGCUGAUGUAUCACUCGCACCAGCUGACCAACUAUCCAGUGCUGCCCGCCAUCAAGCGCACGCACCGGCCAUCCUUCGUCUAUCCGCCGAUGCCGAGGGUCAAGGCCGGCGAUGCACUGGCCACUCUUUUCUCCGCACUCUACGGAAAACUAUUAGUCGUCAUGGGCAUAGCGUUUCCCAUGGCAGAGGUUAUAUCAACCUAUAUCCCACCCUCUUUCUAUGAGGUGUACUAUUUGUACUUGUACAUUGGCAGCAUGAUAUUCCUGCUCUUCAUGUACGCCACUUUGAUAUGGGGACGUCCCAAGUUACCAGUUCCGAUUGCUUCGCCGAAUAAAUCGGCAACGAAGGCGAGUGGAACGGACAGCAUGGACGAAUCGGAUACGGAUAGCAACUCCGUGCACCAUCGACUUCCGCCGCCGAUUCCUGUGAGGCGACCAUCGCUGCUCUCGCCACUUGGACGGCGGGAUGCCCACUACGGCAGCUUCUAUCUGCGCAUGGGCGCCGUGGCCUUUGGAAUUGGCAGCAUGAUCUAUUCGGGCCUGGAGUUCGGGCAGUACUUCGAGCUCAAUCCGGACACCAAGUGCCACAACGUGCUGCUGGCCCUGACCCCGGCCACCCGGAUGGCCUUCAUCUUCAUCCAGAUGUACUUCAUCUUCCUGAACAACGAGCAGAUCAAGGUGUAUCGCUACAAGAUCAUCGCUCGCUUCGGUUUAAUGCACAUGAUUGGCACGAACCUGGCCGUUUGGCUGAAUGUUCUGAUCCAAGAGACGAAGCACGAAAUAUUGACAUUCUACAAUCCGGAGAAUCGCACGCUGAGGAUUUCGCACAGGAUACCGGGACACUCUAGAGGACACGCCAUUAUCCAGCACGAUCCGACGGCCCAUCUGCGAGUGCCCCGCGGUUUGAAGGGACCGUACCAGAUCUUUGAGUGCCGGCGAACGAACAUCAUCGGUACAUUGGUGCAGGACGCCUCUCCAUUUCUGUUCCCCUGCACCAUCGAGUACUCGCUGAUCUGCGCGGCCAUUUUGUACGUGAUGUGGAGGAGCAUCUCCAGGCCGCAGACACCGACGCCCCAGCGUCCGGAUAUGAUCAGCUCGCCGAUGAAGCGAUCGCCGCAUCACUAUUCCGUGGACUGUGCCCGUGCCCACAAGGGAUUGUUCGUGGGCAUACUCAUCCUGGUGCUGACCAUCAUAUCGCUGAUCAUCUUCUUUGUGCUAAUCUCACGGCCGGAGUUCGUGGCCAUGGCCGUAACGGAGGUGACCAUUUGCGAGCUGCUCAUCUAUGGCACGGCCACGAUAGCCACUCUGGUGGGAAUGAUUCAGAUACGACAUCUGCAGUACGAUGCCUACAGGAGUUUCUCGCUGGAUGACAUCCUACUGGUGGGUGCGCAGACCGGCUCGUUUCUGUACAACAUCUUCACGGUCAUCGCCGGGCACUUCACCCUGCGCAGCGAUGACAUGCUGGUGCCCAUCAAUGCCCUGGCCUCCAUUGUCCAGACCGCCUGUCAGACCAUGUUCAUUUUGGAUGCUAGCCGGCGGCAGGCCGUCAGUCCGGAUCAUUUGCGCAAGAAGCCCGGACGCGAGAUUGUCACCUUUAUGCUGGUCGUCAAUCUGGCCAUGUGGGCCAUCAGCACGCUGGAGAAAUCACGCGCUGAAUCGCAUCCCAUACAGCUGAACUUCUACGGCUUGUGGGCCUGGACGAUUAUCACGCAUGUGUCUAUGCCGCUGGCCAUAUUCUAUCGAUUCCAUUCGACCGUGUGCCUGUGCGAGAUCUGGAAGAGGGCCUACAAGCUGAAGCCCACGUAUAUGUGAGAAUUCGCCCGCUCGCGCAUCCAGAGCAUUGCGCAGCAGCAGCAAUUCUGCGAGGAUCUCAAGACGAACCUGUCCUACUGCUACUGCUCCACUACGCUGGCUGGCGGCGAGCUGGAGACCGUCGAGGAGGUGGAUAGCGGCGAGAGUAAUUCGGCAGAGGAUGCCGGUGCCGGUGCCGGAUCGGGAGGAUCAGGGGGAGCAGGCGGAGCCGCCGAAGCGGGAGAGGCCGGUGGAGAAGGGCAACAGGGCGGCGACAGCAGCUGUGGACUGAAGGCACCCAUCCGGGCACUGUCGCCGCAAUCCCUAAAUACGGAAAAGGCCUUCUGUCCGGUUUACGUGAUCAACGGCGAAUGAGUUUACGCGCACUUUGAGUUCAUCGACGCGAUCAGCGGCCAUGAGCUCAGCUUUGUCUAGGACUUGCAUCUGCUGGACACCGCACCACAACAAACACACCACCAUACCAAUCCACCCACCAACGAAACCAAAAACCAUACAACUAGGCACCCAUCUUCGAGAACCACCACCAAGCAACAUUUGACCAAGCGGAUGCAAGCGUUGAGAGCGAAAAACAUAUCCUAGAGAGGAAAAAAUUAGAAGGACAUGCGAGUCCUUCGCAUGUCGGGUCUCAAGCGAUGGGAAAUCAAGAAGUCGAGCACAAGCUAUGAUAAAACAAUGGGUUAAACUUAGGAUGCGCAGCAAGGAUAAAUCAAUGUUGAAAUCACAAGCAAUGCCAGUAGGGCGUAUACGCAAUAAAUUCCCAAGCAAUUGUCACUAGUGCGUAUACGCAAUAUCUUAAAUGGUUUAGCCUCAGAACGCACACUCACUACCAUAUUGAUAUGCAGAUUUUAGAGCAUUAAACAAAAUGUUGUAGGCGAUUUGAGAUAUUUGGGAUCUCUGGUGGUAGAAAGUGAGCGCGAUGAGUAGUAUUGUAGGCAAAACACGUAACAGUAGAUGAAUUCAUGUUUAUCCCCCCACUCACUCACAUACAGCCGCAAAAUCUACGAAAAUAUCAAGUUUGAUAAAUGUUGAAAACGGUCGCAAUCAAGAAACUGGACAACAUUUUAUAUAUUUAUAUAUAGCAACUGACUGAGGAGAAUCAGCAAAACGGGUUGUGAACCAACCGCACUACGAGGUAUGCCGCCAAACUAACGAUCAACCAAAUAGAGAGCAGUAUACCAAUUAUGCAUAACCGAACACAGCGAGUUCUAUCAAAGAUAUUUACAAUGAUAAUUAAUCGGCGUUCCGCAGCAUAAUGGAUAUAUUUCAGCAACUACAAGUUAGAAAACGAAGCAGAAUGGAUGAAGAAAUGAGAGGAGUUGAGAAGAAUAGGGAUUGGAGAAGUCAUUAACCCCACCAGAAAUCGAGGAACCGCAAAAGUUAUUACACAACACUGUACUACAAAGUAGACGGUUUACACAGCCUAGCACCUAAGGAUAUAUACUCACAUACAUGCAUAUGUAGAAGUUCAAUCCGAAUUGCAGAGAACCCCCUUUUUUACGCCCCCAAAACCCCAUCCGCACCCAAAUGGAUUGUUUGUUUGAGCCCCUUGUUGAGGGCCCUGAUUUUUUAGCAUAGCAUUUAACCGAAUUUGUUAACUUGACUUGAAUGCGAAUAGGUUUUUAUGUGAUACUUUUGUGCUUGUUCCCCCAUAUUGCCCGAAAAAAGCCCCCACUUCAGUAUUAUGAAAGCUCAAAGGAAACCAAAUUGUAGAUGGACAAUUCAAGAGAUUGCGAAUAAUUCCAAUAAAAUCACUUACUGUAAAACGCACAAAUCUAUUUAAGGUGGUAUAUAAAUAUGUCUGUGUUUUUUUUGUCUACCAUAAUGGUAUAAGAUACGUAUAGAUAUAGACUCCUCUCACACAUACAUACGAUGCGAUCUAUGUUUUCAAUGCCAAAGAGUUCAUUACGUUGCCUAUGUUGUAAUUGCUUUCUAGUUGAGUUCGAGUUUUUUGAAUCUACUGACUCAUCCAUUGUAUAUUCAAAGUUAUAUGAAUGCCAAAAUCGAAAUCGAAAUCAAAACCAAAAAUCUUAAGGAAAAACAAACAAAGAAACAAAAAAUAUAAAUAUAUAUAUACAUAUAUAUUAAAUUAGUUAUUUCAAUUUUUAUACUCGUACUAAAUUUUUAACUAGAAUUAACUGUAACUUUGUAUGCAUUUUCUUACAUGUAUUUAUUGUACGCCGACUCGCAACACUGCUCGAAAAACGCACGUUAAGCGAAAAUCAAAAUUGAAAAUUGUAUUGUAUUUACAGGCGAUUGUAUUAGAAUUUAUUGACACUAAGUAGUUAUGAUGAGCGAUCGAACUCAUUAGAGGAACUCCUAAUCCACGUAGAAUCGAAGGACAUUUUAUGCGAAAUUAAUAAAACUCAAAGAAAAUCGGAGACAACAAAAUAAAAAAAAAAAAACUGAAAUAUUCAAGUUAUACCCGACAACCACUAUUUGUUCUUAUCAUUCAAGAAGAAAAAUCAAAAUAAACGUAAUAAUCGUAAUUGUGGGACUCACUUUUAAAUUCAACUAAGAAAAGAACUUUCCUCGACUAUUUCUGAACUUUUUAACCUAGUUUUUAACAAUUUAAUGCUUUAAAUUCUUGUAUAUUUUACAAACACAACCACAAUUACUCCUUUCGCUAUUCUGUUUCCAAUUUCUGUGGUUGUUUUUCAAGCAAUAAACUUCAUUUGAACUGUAUCUUUGAAUUCAUAUGACAAGUAAAAUAUAAUUAUGGUUACGCAUGGUUGCAUUGUUCAAAUAUUCCCUAGGAGUAUUUGCUUUAUUCGAAUAGUAAGUAAUUGCAAUUCCAUAUUCCACACUGUUCCAUUUUCUAGCCUGUUCCGAAUAUCCUAGAAUCCACUUUCAAUUUCAUUUCGAACCUUUUUUCAAAAAAUACUCAACCAAUACAACUUGACUAAGCCUAGGAAAAGCAAUUUGUAUUAAGUGUUACAAGUAUAUUUAUACGUAUUUACAAUAAUGGCUAUGAUGAUAAAGUUAAAACACAAUGUAAAACUAGUCGUGAAUGUUCUGUAUUCCCCAAGCAUAAAUACACCACCAAGUCCUGUACACCCGAAUGAAAACUAUAUUGACUAUAAAAGAGCAGUAAAUAUGCAAUAAAUAUGAAUAAUAAAUUGAAACGUAAUUCGAUUACUAUGGAAAA